ACCGUAGGUUUUCAAUCUAGAAACUGUCACUUCUUCGAUUACGGAUGCACCGGUUUUAAUUUGAUACUUUUAUAAUUCUACUGAAAGAGAUAUUUAGAAAAUAUGGCGGAGAAAAAAUCCUCGGCAUUAUUUGUGUGUCUUGGUAAUAUAUGCCGUUCCCCUAUUGCAGAAGCAGUUUUCACCCAUUAUGUUAAAGAACAAAAUUUAAGUGAAAAAUGGAUAAUUGAUAGUGCUGCAACUGCAGAUUAUCAUACUGGGAAGUCUCCUGAUAGGAGAGCAAUAAAAUGUAUGAAAGAUCAUGACAUUCCAAUGAGCCACAAAGCAAGACCAAUUAUUGCUGAAGAUUUCAAAAAUUUUGACUAUAUAUUUGGAAUGGAUGAAAAUAACAUAAGGGAUUUGAAGCGCUUGGCGCCAAAGAAUAGUACUGCAAAAAUUGAGCUGUUGGGAGAUUAUGAUCCAGAAGGUCCUUGCAUUAUACGAGAUCCUUACUACGAUGAUGGUGAUGAAGGUUUUGAAGAAGUCUAUCAGCAAUGUAAAAGGUGUUGCCAAGCUUUUUUAAAUAAGGUAUCAUAAGUUCUGUAAUUUAAAUUAUGUAAUUAAAAAUGCAAAGUGUUUGCAUGACUAUCAGAUGUAAUUAUAAUUUGUAAUAAAUUCAGAAGAUAAAAAUUCUGUUUCUCAUUUUGAAUAAACCUUUUAAAAUUUCU